CUCCCGCUGCUCUCGGUACCGCAGGCUCCACGGCUUUGGGCCUCGGCCCUUCGGGAGCGGACUCGGUGCGGGGCCGCGCGCUCUCCGCCCGGGGCAGGGCUGGGACCGAGGUCCCGCGUCCCGCGCGCGCGAGGUCACGUGCGCGGCCGUCUGCAGGAAUGCAGCAGCUCGCAGGGAAAGUUUGCCGGGCGCGCGGCCCCGGUGCGGGCGGGCGCGCAGAGGAAGGAAGAGCCGCGAGGAGGCGGAGCCGCGCGGUCGGGCGGGCGGGCGCGUCUCUCAACUUCAGCUUUGGCGUCCGGAGAGUUUCUUUCUCAGUCGGGCGCAGCCGCCGCCGGGGGUUAAAGAAAGGGAGGAGGAAGGAACAAGGAAAGGAAAUAGGAGGGAGGGGGAGGGGAGAGGCCACGAGCUGCCCGGCCGCGCUCGCGGGGCCUUGAGGGUCGGGGUUCCGGGCCGCCCCUCCCGAGGCGCAGCCGCGGGACCAGCGGCGCCGGGGCGCGGGGCGCAGGGCGGGGGCGGAGGCGCGGGGCGGGGAUGCGGGCCGCGGCGCAGCCCCCCGGCCCUGAAAGCGAGCACCGCGCCGCCGCCGCCCCGCCGCCCAGCGCCGCCUCUCGCGUCCCGUCCCGUCCCGUCCCGGCCGUGCCGACCCGACCCGGGCGGAGCCCUCGCCCGCCUGGCCAGGGGGUGCGCGUCGGGGGAGUCCGAAGCCAUGGAUCCCGGGCAGCAGCCGCCGCCCCAGCCGGCCCCGCAGGGCCCCGGGCAGCCGCCCGCACAGACCCCCCAGGCCCAGGGUCCCCCGUCCGGGCCGGGGCAGCCGGCACCCCCGGCGGCCCAGGCGGCGCCGCAGGCCCCCCCCGCGGGCCACCAGAUCGUGCACGUCCGGGGGGACUCGGAGACCGACCUGGAGGCGCUCUUCAACGCCGUCAUGAACCCCAAGACGGCCAACGUGCCCCAGACCGUGCCCAUGAGGCUCCGCAAGCUGCCCGACUCCUUCUUCAAGCCGCCGGAGCCCAAGUCCCACUCCCGACAGGCCAGUACAGAUGCCGGCACUGCGGGAGCUCUGACUCCACAGCAUGUUCGAGCUCAUUCGUCCCCAGCGUCCCUUCAGCUGGGCGCUGUUUCUCCGGGGACUCUGACCCCGGCUGGAGGCGUCUCUGGCCCUGCGGCUACCCCUACCGCCCAGCAUCUUCGCCAGCCAUCUUUUGAGAUCCCUGACGACGUGCCUCUGCCAGCAGGCUGGGAGAUGGCCAAGACUUCUUCUGGUCAGAGAUACUUCUUAAACCACAUUGAUCAGACAACAACAUGGCAGGACCCCAGGAAGGCCAUGCUGUCUCAGAUGAACGUGACAGCCCCCACCAGUCCACCAGUGCCACAGAACAUGAUGAACUCGGCCUCAGGUCCUCUUCCUGAUGGAUGGGAACAAGCCAUGACUCAGGAUGGAGAAAUUUACUAUAUAAACCAUAAGAACAAGACCACCUCUUGGCUAGACCCCAGGCUUGACUCUCGUUUUGCCAUGAACCAGAGAAUCAGUCAAAGUGCUCCAGUGAAGCAGCCCCCACCCAUGGCUCCUCAGAGCCCACAGGGAGGCGUCAUGGGCGGCGGCAACUCCAGCCAGCAGCAGAUGCGGCUCCAGCAGCUUCAGAUGGAGAAGGAGAGACUGCGGUUGAAGCAGCAAGAGCUGCUGCGGCAGGCAAUGCGGAAUAUCAAUCCCAGCACAGCAAAUUCUCCAAAAUGUCAGGAAUUAGCUCUCCGUAGCCAGUUACCAACACUGGAGCCGGAUGGCGGGACUCAAAAUCCAGUAUCUUCUCCCGGGAUGUCUCAGGAAUUGAGAACAAUGACGACCAAUAGCUCAGACCCCUUUCUGAACAGUGGCACCUAUCACUCUCGGGAUGAGAGCACAGACAGCGGGCUGAGUAUGAGCAGCUACAGUGUCCCUCGGACCCCGGAUGACUUCCUGAACAGUGUGGAUGAAAUGGAUACAGGUGAUACAAUCAACCAAAGCACCCUUCCCUCACAGCAGAACCGUUUCCCAGACUACCUGGAAGCCAUCCCUGGGACAAAUGUGGACCUUGGAACACUGGAAGGAGAUGGAAUGAACAUAGAAGGAGAGGAGUUGAUGCCCAGUCUGCAGGAAGCUUUGAGCUCUGACAUCCUUAAUGACAUGGAGUCUGUUUUGGCUGCCACCAAGCUAGAUAAAGAAAGCUUUCUUACCUGGUUAUAGAGCCCUCAGGUAGACUGAUUUCUAAAUCUGUGAAGGAUCUAAGGAGAUAAGACGUGCAUACCUGAAAUUUCCAAAUAAGCCAGGUGCAGUUUUCUGGCUAACAGAAAAAGAUGAACAAACGUCCAGCAAGAUUCUUUCAUCCACUAUUUUGCUCUUCCUUGUCCACUGCUGCUUUUAAUAUAUUGCUGACCUCUUUCACAGUUGGCCCUAAAGAAUCAAAAAAAAAAAAAAAUUUUUUUUUUUUUUUUGUUUGUUUGUUUGUUUUGCUGUUAUAACUACUGUUUGUUCCUGGGGCUGGGGAAAGUGAGCCUGUUCGGAUGAUGGAUACCAUUCCUUUUGCCCAGUUAGAUGGUCACCAAUCAUUUUAACUAAAUACUCAGACUUGGUUUGAAAUGCUUCAUGUCACAACAUUUAGUUUAUCCAAGAAUUGUUCCUUCAGCUGCCUUUGGCCAGUGGAAAAACAUGUCUUACUGGUCUGACAAACCAAAAAUGUCACAUCGGAUAUUAAAUACCUAAUGGUGAUUUGGAGAGAUAGCUGAAA